AUGAACCAAGCAGGCGAGGCAGGCAAGUUCCACAAGCUCUCAUGGCUCCGCCUUACCAGUGUCAUGAUCGUCGAGGCCAUUGCCCUUGGAUCCCUCUCAAUGCCUGCUUCCUUUGCCACUCUCGGUCUCGUCCCUGCUCUCCUCAUUGUCAUCGGGAUGGGCAUCAUCAGCUACGUCUGCUCGAUCCACAUCGGUCGCACCUGGCUCGCCAACCGCGAGAUGACGAGCUAUCCAAUGGCCGGUGAGCUCCUCUUCGUUCGCAUGUUCGGCGAAGGAGGUCGCAAGACUGGUCGCUACUUUACCACGACCAUCUUCUUGCUCCUUCUCAUCUUCACCACGGGAUCCCACGCCCUCACCGGUCGACUGAUGUUCAACGCUCUGAGCGACAAUGCCAUCUGCCAAGUCGGCUUCUCGGCCAUCUCAGCCAUCAUCCUCUUCAUCCUCGCCCUCCCCAAGACGUUCAACGAGAUGGGCUGGCUUGGCUACGUCGACUUUGCUUCGAUUGUCAUUGCCAUCAUCAUCACCAUCAUUGGCUCGGGAGUCGAAGGCUCUCAGCGCCCUGGUGGUCUCGAUGCUGUGCAGUGGUACGCCGUUAACCCGGAGGCACCCACCUUUGCCUCUGCCUUCCUUGCCGUUACCAACAUCACUUUUGCCUACGCCUACGCGCAGUGCCAGUUCAGCUUCAUGUCUGAGCUCAAGCGCCCUAGGGAGUACACCAAGUCAGUCGGCCUCCUCGUCUCCGUGGAGAUGGUCAUCUACUGCCUCACCGGAUCCCUCAUCUACCGCUUCUCUGGCCAGCAAGUCGAGUCGCCUGCCCUCCUUGGCCUCUCCCCUACCCUUUCAAAGGUAGCCUUCGGUGUAGCCAUCCCCGUAAUCUUCAUCUCUGGCUCCAUCAACUCCGUCACCGCCGGUCGCUUCAUCUACGACUGGAAGUACAAGGGCACGCGCCACGAGCUCAUCAACACCAAGCAGGGCAACAUCGCUUGGGUCGGCAUCAUCGCCGUCAUCACCAUCAUCGCAUGGCUCGUCGCUGAGCUCAUCCCCAUCUUCUCGGCGCUCCUCGGUAUCAUUUCCGCAGCCUUCAUCAGCUUCUUCUCCUACACCUUCCCAGCCCUCUUCUACAUCUACUUCCUGAGAGAUGGAAGCUGGAAUGCCAGCAUGAGGAACAUGGUAUUUACCGUGCUCAACAUUCUCAUCGCCGUGGGCGGAUUGUUCAUCGUCGUCGCCGGUAUCUACGCCUCUGCCAUCGACAUCAAGGAGCAGACGGAUGCCGGCACUGUAGGCAAGCCCUUCAGCUGCGCCGCGUAG